UCAUGCAUGUGUAUGUGUCUGUCCUCAUGCAGGUAGGCAGAUGUGAAGGAUGACUUCUUGCUCAGAGAUCUGUGGGUCGGAGUAUGGUGAGCAAGCUCAUGCCAGCAGCAGGAACUGUCAGCAGUAUGGCGUCCGGUCCUACCUACACCAGUUUUAUGAGGAGUGCACAGCUUCUAUCUGGGAACGUGAUGAAGAUUUUCAGAUUCAGAGAUCGCCUAGCCGGUGGAGCUCUUUACUCUGGAAGGUCUGUCUCGUGUUCGGCACCCUGAUCUUGUUAGCAGGCCUCAUUGUUGUUUUGGUGGGUUAUGCCACUCCAACCAGGAUUGAAGCAUUUGGCGAGGAUGAUCUCCUUUUCGUUGACAGCCACGCCGUCAGUUUCAACCGUGUACUGGAUAUCUGUAAGCUAACUGGUGCUGUGCUGUUCUGUGUGGGAGGCACUUCCAUGGCUGUGGGUCUCCUGCUGUCUGCCUUUGCCAAAAGCUAUUCCAAAGAAGAACUGUAUCUGCAGCAGAAGUUUAAGGAGAGGUUGGCAGAUCUGCACGCAACAGUUGGUACCCCCAUAAUGAGAGCGCCGACCCCCGGGGAAGGAAAGGUGCCAGUCACACUUUCUAAAGUCCAGAACAUCCAGCCAAUGACCACAAAGUCAGAGACCUGACAGAAGUCCAGAUGAAGGCAUAUAGUGAAGAAGUGUGUAUGAUGGUUGAUUGGUGUGCAGAAUAUGUGUGAGCGCGAACAUGCGUAUGUCUCUCAAUCUGUGUGUGC